AUGUCGCUCCCCAGCGGCGAGCCCCGCUCCCAGGAGGAGCCCCCGACGGAGGAGGAAGCGGCGGUGUCGCCCCCCGGGUCGGAGCCCGCUCCUCUUCCCGCUCCUCCUCCCGCUCCUCCCGGCGCCGUGCGCGGGGCGGGGCCGGCGGGGCCGCGGCCCUCGGAGCCGGCGGCGGGAGCUAUGGCCGAGGCCGAUCGGGAGCUGCGCGUCCCCUUCAUCGAGGCGGAGGAGACGGAGGCUGAGGCGGAGGCGGCCGGCGGCGGAUGGCGCUGCGGGCGCUGCGCGGACGGGGCCGCGCUGCGCUGGUGCAUCUCCGGGACGCUCUGCGCCUCCUUCCUGGGGCUGGGGUUGAGCAUCGCGGUGCUGGGUCCCACCUUCCCCACCCUGGCCGCCAAUGUCGGCAAGAACGUCAGCGACAUCUACUACAUCUUCGUGGGCCGGUCCCUGGGCUCCCUGGGCGGGUCGGUGGUCGGCGGGGUGCUCUUCGACUGCAUGAACGCCACUCUGCUGCUCGCCUUAUCCAUGCUUGGAACAACGGCUGGUCUUUAUGCGAUACCCUGGUGUAAGGAAUCCCUGCUAUUAACAGUCUUGAUGUCAGUUAUUGGAGGUUCCAUAGGAAUUCUGGACACAGGUGGCAAUGUACUGGCACUGUAUACCUGGGGAUCAGAGGCUGGGCCACACUUGCAGGCUUUGCACUUCAGUUUUGCUGUUGGAGCAUUUCUGGCUCCUAUCGUGGCUCAAAUGGACUUGAGGAGUUCUGAAUCUGAAGGACUUGCAGGGGCUGAAAAGACAAACCAGUCUGUCCUCAAGUCUGUGCCGACAGCAUCAGCUGCAUCAACUACACCAGCACUGAAUGACCAUCACAAUGAAGGCUUUUUGUGGUCCUAUAUUUUCAUAGGGACCUAUAUUCUCUUCGUUUCCAUCUUCUUUUUUGUUUUGUAUUCAAAGAGCAGCUCAGCUAGAGACAAAUCAAAGGCUUCCGUGCAGAAGGAUAGGCUUGCCAAAUACCACUGGCCUCUAGUUGGUCUCCUGUUUGUAUUCUUCUUGUUCUAUGUGGGAGCUGAGGUCACUUAUGGCUCCUAUGUAUUUACUUAUGCAAUGGUCUUUGCUGAGAUGACGGAAAGUCAAGCAGCUGCUUUGAAUUCUGUCUUCUGGGGCACGUUUGCCGUGUGCAGAGGAGUGGCGAUAUUCGGUGCUGCUUUACUGUCCCCUGCCACCAUGAUUGUGAUGAGUCUCCUGUGCUCUGCUGCCUCCUCGACGGCCCUGGCCUUCUUUGCACAUUACCAAGCCACGCUGUGGGUGGGAACUGCCGUGUACGGAGCAUCCAUGGCCACCAUCUUCCCCAGCGGCAUUGCCUGGAUAGAGCAGUACACGGUUGUGGAAGGAAAAACGGCUUCUCUGUUUGUGGUGGGUGCGGCGCUGGGUGAAAUGUGCGUUCCUGUCGCGGUGGGCUAUCUGCAAGGCAGGUACCACCACAUUCCUGUCGUUAUGUACACUGUCUUUGUCACUUCCAUAGUGACAGUCCUGCUCUUCCCCGCCAUGUACAAACUGGCCAACUGGCCCCAGCAGCGUGACUUGCAAGAAGUGAGUGACAGGGAGACCCGGAAAACUUUGUUGUCGAACUCGAGGCUUACUGAGGAUGAGGAAGAGGAGGAGCAUGUGAGAGAGUGGAACAAUGCAGACUUUCAGGUAAUAGAAAUGAAUGACAAGCUCAAAAACUCUCUGACAGACACCUCCUGUAGGAUACCAGGGGAUUCUCCAGCUGAAGUCUCUCUCCAGCCUCAUCUGGAAGAUGCAUUGGGCAAUUCUCCAGUGGUUGCUGAUGGCUCCUCUGGGAAACAAAAUGGGAAUGUUGACUGGGAGAAGAGUGAAUAGUCAAAGCUGACUUUUUUUUAAAUGGAAAUGCAGUUGAAUUGUAGCUGUUGUCAAGUGGUUCAGGAAUCCUUUCACAGUGGUGCAGAGCUCAGCAUGUUAAUUUUCCCACUCCUUUCUCCUCUUUCAUUUUCAGCCUGCAGGGAUAUGUCUUGCAGUAGAAGGUCCUCAGUGAUGUGAAAGGGGCAACAUGAUAAAUGUUUGGCUAUGCCAAAACUGUUAAAAUGUAUGAGAUGUUUUCUAAAUAUGAGGCAUGCAUCCAAGGAAGAUAUGCUGUAAUAACUGGGAAAGAAGGGGACUACUCAGUUUUUUGAGGUGGGUGAAAGGUGCAGGUCUGAGAUGCUUUGUCACAAAAUGGUUUAAUGAGAGAGGAGAGACAUCUGUUACCAGUAAUGCUGAAUUUUCUUACCUUGUGAAGGAGGAAUGUUUCUACUGCGUUUGAAAGUUGUGUGUGAUCUGUUCAGUUAAAAUUUCUGGUGAUGCCCAGCAGCAGUAAAUUGAAUAACCUUUUGCCAAACUAUAGGAAUUCUUGGUUCUGAGACAAAGACAAGAAAAAACUGGAAAUUGUUUCUUAUGAAACCACGCCUUUGGGUCAUUUAAAAGCAGUUUAUGAGAAAGGGCACAAAAUGGGCUGUUGUUUGUCUGCUCAAAUGCGUAACUCCAACCUACUAAACAGUGGCAACAAAUCUACAUAAUCUAAAGUAUAUCUGAUUUAAAUUAUGGCACUGCCAUUGAAAUCAACAAAUGUACACAGAAGAAGAUAAAAUUAUCAUGUAAUUUUUGAAUGGUUUGAGUUGGAAGGAACCUUUAAAGAUCAUCCAGUACCAAUCUGCUGACAUGGCAGGGAAACCUUCCACUGGACCAGGUUGCUCAGAACUCUAUCCAGACUGGCCUUGAAAACUUCCAGGGAUGGGGCAUCCACAACUUCUCAGGGCAGCCUGUUUCAGUGCCUCACCACCCUCACAGGACAGAUUUUUUCCCCUGGUAUUGAAACAGAGUAAAAAUUUAACAAGGUAGAAAUCCAUUUGGAUUUAGGUGAAAUGUGCUGCUUUGAGCUUGCUAACAUAAGUAAAAUAUGCUGUUUAGUCUAGUAACUACAGCACUAGCAAAACUGCCCCAGCUAAAGAGAAAGAAUGCAAAUUUCCAAGCUAAAGAGAUAAGAAAGAUUCCUCAGACCUUGAAACAGACAGUGCAAAGUUCUCUCUGUACUUUCUGACAAAAACUAAGUACAAGUGUAACUAGCUGUAAGUGUAACACGAAAUUAAAAAAAAGAGAAUGAAUAUGCAUGAACCUAUUGUGAAAUUAUAUGAAUAUGUAAAUUAACUAAAGUAAUAAAAAAAUAUCAAGAGUUUUCAGGGGCGUGCACACCCUUUGAAGGGAAAUCCUGGCGUGCGCCCGGCGCUGUAACAAAAAAAAACAUACCCUACAAAUCUAUUAGAAUUGUGGGGUCCUGAUUUUUCACCGCAAUUCAGUAUCUAAUCUAAACCUACUCUCCUUCAGUUUGAAGCCAUUCCCCCUUGUUCUAUCAUUACAUGCUCUUGUAAAAAGUCCCACUCCACCUUUCUUGCUGUCUCCCUUCAGGUAAAAGAGAUUACUUAAUAUAUGGUAUUUUAAGCCAGUUGUUUAAAUUAAGG